AUGCCAAGAACAAUCAAGAUAGCUGCUGCCCAGAUGGGUCCUGUGCAUCGAGAUUCCACACGUCAAGAUACGCUCUCGCGAAUGAUCAAGCUGCUGCAAUCUGCGUCGACGCGUGGUGCACAACUCGUCCUCUUUCCUGAGGCUGCAUUCACCACGUUUUUUCCCCGCCAUCUGAUAUCGGCCCAGGAAGAACUAGAUUCUGUCUACUACUCUGCCAGCCAGGGAAAAGUGAUUGCGAAAUAUCGAAAGGUCCACCUGCCCGGCACCAAGGAGCCAUUCGAGAAUCCGGAUGCAGUCAAUCAGCUUGAGAAGAGGUACUUCGAGCCUGGAAAUCUUGGAUUCAAGGCAUUUCGAGCACCUGAUUUGGUGCUUGGUGCUCAGAAAAAGGGUGCUGGGAGUGUUCGACCUGGCAAGGGAGAUCCCAUCAUGGGGAUGAUGAUCUGUAAUGACCGACGAUGGGCAGAAGGCUGGAGGUGUUAUGGCCUGCAAGGCGUAGAAGUUGUCCUUUGCGGUUACAAUACCGCUGGGUUUGCCCCUGAUCUUUGGGGAACAAGAAAGCCAAUGACCCAAGAACAAGCGGAAGAGGAUGCAGUGUUUCAUCAUAAGUUGGUGAUGCAAGGGAACUCAUAUAUGAAUAGCUGCUUCUCAGUCAGUGCUGCGAAGGCAGGGUUAGAAGAUGGAAAAUACGACUUGAUUGGGGGAAGUUGUAUCACUUCUCCUGAGGGACAUGUGGUGGCAGAAGCACAGACGAAGGAUGACGAGGUUGUCUUUGCAGAGAUUGAUUUGGAGGACUGCAGGCAAGGGAAGGAGAAGACAUUUGACUUUGACAGGCAUCGCAGGAUUGAUCAGUAUUCUCCUAUUUCGCUUCAAACUGGUGUUAUAGAGCCUGAGCUGCUUUGA